AGACCUGCGUAAGCCCCUGACUGACUCAUUCACCCAUGGGAGUUUGAAGUGACAGAAUAAAUCUACAGAGACGAGGCUUAGGAUAACAUUUCAGAGAGCUGAGAGAGGACAGACACAUACCCACAGACAAACAGAGCUACAGCUGAGAGAGAGAGACAUACUGCCCAUCCACAGAAAGACAAGAGUUGGAGUCAUUGUCAUGUUGGGGGUGUUACUGAUCCUGCAUGCCGUCUCGUGUGCCCAUUCUCACGGGCCGCCGGGUGCCACGGUGCCUGUUAAGCAGUGCCCGUCUGCGUGCCAGUGUGAGGAGGAUGGCAUCCUACUGAUCGUGGACUGCUCCGAACAGGGACUAUCCAGCGUGCCACCUGACCUGAGCCCUUUGACGUCUUACCUGGAUCUCAGUAUGAACAACAUCAGUGAGAUUCAGCCCAACGCUUUCCACAACCUGCACUUCCUCAGUGAACUGAGACUCUCGGGCAACCACCUGAGACACAUCCCUGGCCCCGUGCUCCAAGGACUCUACAACCUCAAAGUCCUGAUGUUGCAGAAUAACCAGUUAGAGAGAUUGCCCAGUGAAGACCCAUGGGAAUUACCCAAUUUGCUGUCUCUGCGUCUGGAUGCCAACCUGAUUAUGGAGGUGCCAGCAAGGACCCUCUUGGGUAUGCGGUCACUGAGGCACUUGUGGCUUGAUGACAAUGCCCUGACAGAGAUCCCAAUAAGCGCCCUCAAUGACCUCUCUUCACUCCAGGCUAUGACCCUUGCCCUAAACCGCAUCACCCACAUCCCUGACUAUGCCUUCAGGAACCUCUCCAACCUAGUUGUCCUGCAUCUUCAUAACAACAUGAUCCGGACCCUCGGACAGAACUGCUUUGAGGGACUGCACAGCCUCGAGACUCUGGAAUUGAACUUCAAUGAACUUCAAGAGUUCCCCGUGGCCAUUCGCACACUGGCCAAGCUUCAGGAACUGGGAUUCCACAACAACAACAUUAAGGCCAUUCCCGAGAGAGCGUUUGUGGGGAACCCACUUCUGCAGACCAUUCAUUUCUACGAGAAUCCCAUUCAGUUUGUUGGAAGAUCAGCAUUUCAGUUCUUGCCAAAGCUACACACACUCUCUUUGAACGGGGCCACUGAGAUCCGAGAGUUUCCAGAUUUGAAAGGAACCACCAGCCUGCAAGUUCUUACGUUGACCCGAGCUGGACUGACCGGCCUGCCAUACGAUCUCUGCCACCUGCUGCCUAAAUUAAGAGUGCUGGAGCUGUCUCACAAUGUCAUAGUAGAGCUGCCGAGUUUCUACCACUGUGCCUCGCUUCAAGAGAUAGGCCUGCAGCACAAUCUGAUCAAACAGAUUGAGAUGAACACAUUCCAACAACUCAACUCUCUGCGCUCACUGGAUCUUAGCUGGAACCGGAUCAACACCAUCCACCCUGACGCCUUUUCAUCCCUUAAGUCUCUCAUUAAACUAGAUCUCACUGGGAACCGAUUGAGCAGUCUCCCGCUAGUUGGGCUAACGAGUCUAACUCAUCUUAAACUGAAAGGCAACAUGGCACUUUCACGUUCUUUCAGAGAGGAGGACUUCCCCAACAUAAGGGUAAUCGAGAUGCCAUAUGCCUACCAGUGCUGUGUAUUUGGAGCCUGUAACAGCUACAAAGCAGCCAGCCAGUGGGAAGAACAGAUGGGCAGUGAAGAGGAAGAUCUCCAGAAGAAAGCACUGUCCCUGUUCCCCAUUCACACUGACAACAACUAUGACCUUGACUUAGAGGAAUUCCAGUUAGCUAUUGAAGAGUCCAAACUACAAACCAGCAUACAGUGUACCCCCAUCCCAGGUCCAUUCAAACCAUGUGAUAACCUGUUUGACAGUUGGGUGGUACGGCUUGGCAUGUGGCUCAUCUCUUUGGUCUCGCUGACGGGAAACAGCCUUCUCCUCUUGACUGUCUUUGCAUCCCCCAGCUAUCUCUCCCCUGUUAAGUUCAUCAUCGGCACCAUCAGCGGCGCCAACCUGCUUACAGGCCUCUGUACCGGCACCUUGGCAUUGGUCGAUGCCCGGACAUUUGGAGAGUUCGCCUUGCACGGAGCUCAAUGGGAAAUGGGUGCUGGUUGCCAAACUACAGGCUUUCUUUCAGUACUAGCCUCGGAGGGGUCCAUACUCUUCCUGACUUUGGCUGCAGUGCAGUGCAGCGUGUCCGUGUCUUGUGCCCGUGCCUACGGAAAGUCGCCGUCCCUGGGAAGCGUGCGAGCCGCCUCUGUGGCGUGCCUGGCACUUUCGUUGGCAGUUGCCGCUUUGCCUCUAAUUGGGGUCGGGGAGUACGGUGCAACUCCGCUCUGCACGCCGUCACCACUGCCGGAUGGCGAACCCUCCACCUUGGGUUUUAUGGUCGCUCUGAUAAUGAUGAACUCCCUGUGUUUCCUGGUGAUCACCGGAACUUACAUCAAACUGUACUGGGACCUGAUGAAGGGUGACUUCGACAGCAUUUGGGAUUGUGCCAUGAUCAAGCAUGUGGCCUGGCUCAUCUUCACCAACUGCCUGCUCUACUGCCCCGUAGCCUUCCUCACCUUCUCUUCCCUUCUGGGACUCUUUCCUGUGAGCGAGGAGGUCGUCAAAUCAGUCGUCCUGGUACUUCUGCCUCUUCCUGCAAGCAUCAACCCCUUGCUCUACCUCCUCUUCAAUCCACACUUCCGUGAAGACGCACGUCUCCUUUUUAGAAGAGCUCACCACCAUCAUGACCACAACCUGGAUUCCUUCGUCUCGGUUGACACGGAGAAAAGCUCAUAUGACUCCACCCAAGCCCUGGUUUCCUUUGCCGCUGAGGCGGAUGCAGUGUUCGAGAGUUCAUCACCACCAAACCAAGACACAGUUGCACGGUUUUCUUGCCCACCCUCAGUGCCUCUCAUUCCAUGCCAGAUGCAGAUGAAACCCUCAACCGAGAGGGAGAGCAUUGGAGAGAACCUGGUCAGGUCAACACCAGAACUCAUUGACAAAGAGCAGGAGUAUUUCAGGAGCAGUGGACUGGAAACUCAUAAUGGCAACUGCUUUUCUGGAGUCUACCACUCCCCAAAUCUCUCAGCUAGUUCUUAAGUCUUCUCCUAAACUCUAAAGCUUUCAAGGACCCAGUGAGUUUGAGAAGUUGUGAGCCUACAUAUGAACUGACCCCUAAAACCUUCAGAGCUAAUGAACAAUGAACUGUUUUAAAGUGGGACUAUAUACAAAUAUACUGUCCCAACUGCUACAUGGCCUAAAAAAGCCUAAUACAACAUUUCGUGACACAAUUUUGUGGGCCAUUCAGUAAUUUAAGCAAUGUUCAAAAACAAAUCUGCAUUUAUUUUUUUGUAACUUUGUAACUUGUUUGUGAAAUUAGGUUUAAAGGAAUGUUCUGGGUUCAGUGUCAUCAUCAUCCAGAGAAUACUGAGGAUUUUCAAAUAAAAUAAAAAUUCCCGUUCAACUCCUUCCAUGAAAACAAACGAAACAAUACAAGCACGAACAAUGGAAGUCUAUGUGGCAAAGUACUGCACGGGUAUAAGUAUAAAAAUUCAUAACAAAUUCACCAUGUAUUUGGUAAUGCAUUGCAUAACCAUACGAUUUACAGCUUUACAGCUCGAACGUCUUUUUUUUUUUUUUUUUGGAUGAUGAACCUGGAACAUUCUUUUAAUUAGAAAAAAAUAUCACAGGGAUGUUUGCUGAUGUAAAAGGAGUGAUGUAUCUAAAUAUGUCAAUGUGAAAAAGGUCUCUGCAUAAAGCUCAAUUCUUAUGUCAUGUAUCUCAAAGCAUUAUGCAUUUAUUUCCAAGUGUGUAUAUAUCCUUGUUAAUUAUUUGCAAGUCGUAACUUGCUAAAGUCCACCUAGUGAAUUAAAAAAAUAAUUGUAUGGGAAGGUAAAUACCUAUGUAUAUUGUCAAAUAACAUUUAGUGAAAAUACAUUAUGCCAAGAGAUGAGGCCAGAAACAUACUCUCUGCAAAUACACAAAAGGCUUGGCCAAUGAACUGCUAGCUCCCAGUCCCACUCGACAUAGUGGUGGCAAGAAACCUUGAGAGAACAGUCACAUACAAAUGUCUGUGCCAUACAUUCAGGUAUCUAGGAAUAAACAUGUUGACAGCUUAUUUUAACUGAUUGACUGACUCUCUUCAAACCAAUGCUCCAACACAACAUAAGCUGAAUGCAAUAUGCAUUAAAAUGAGUUUAAACAUUUCGGAAGCAUUCGAAAUUUGAAGCAUUGUGUUCAUGUACUUGCAUAGACUAUGUCUGAGCCUCACAGGAUCUAUUUUCAGAGUUGCAUUUCAUUUUUUUAUGUCAAGACCACGUGAUUAAGGAAGAGAAAAAAAGUGAAAUGAACAUGUCAGUGCUAUAAACUGAACAUAUAUAAAAAAAGAACUAUGUGUGAUUUGAUUGGGUCGUAAUAAAGCUUGGUCGGGAUCUGUUACAGAUUGUAAAGUAGGCUAGCUAUUGUAUUGUAAAAUAUAACUACCUCUGAUCUAGCAUGCUAUACCUUUUUUAUCCUUAUUGAUUUAUAUUCUUUUUUAUAUUAAAUGUAUAUUAAAAUGUAAUUUUUUUUAUAUUGAAAUUUUAAGAUCUUUGUACAACAGACACUAUUCUGGAUGUAAAUAUUUUCGUAUUUCUGUACACAUGUGAUAAAGAAUGAUUUAAUAAAGUUACUAGUUUCAUAAAUGUAGCCUAUGUCUUGAGGACUACUGAACAAUUCAGAGAGAUGUGAAUGUAGUGCACCUUUGAACAUUUAACAACAAUAAACCCAGAUAUAAGAAA